CCUAACGGCAAAAGAAAAGCGCAGCCGCACCCGCAGGCAGGUCCAAAUCAAGCCUCCUCGCCGCAACCACUCUCUCUCUCUCGCCGGCGUCUCCCCAUUCACCGCCCCCCCGGGUAGAGCACGAGUCCUCCGAGAAGAGCGCGAAUCCCCAACCCAGGCAGCUGCGGUGCGCCGCCCCCGCCUAAACUUAGCGGCCGCUCCAGGAAUAGGCGCGGGGCGCGCGGGGAUGGGGUACCUGCCGUCCUCCCUCGGCAGCAAGGCGGCGCACUUCGUGUCCGACCUCACCACCGUCAUCCUCAACCCCGUCUCCGAGCGCGAGCCCUCCCACCUCCCCGAGGCGGACGAAGAGCAAGAAAAAUCAGAAGACGACAAAGAUUCUGACCAUAAUUCUGAUAACCCUGAUGGCCCCGAUACAUCUUCGUUUAGAGCAUUCAUGAUCUCAUUUUUGUCGCCGUCUAGCUCUUUUAACGAUUCAAGGGAGAUAAUCCCCGAGCAGAGCGAAGAAAUGGGAUACCCAACUUUAACACCAGUUGGGAAGGCAACCAAGGGAAAGACAGGCUUGCUAAGCAGAGGGAAGCAUUCCAUUGGAAAAAUCAUUAAUAAAGCGGCUAGGAUGAGCGGUUUCAAACAAAACUCGGAACCUAAAACUGACAAAGAGGUGGCGAGUCAUGCUGAAUCAGCUGCACCUGCAUUGGAGCUCGAAGGACCAAAUGAAGUUAACUCCCUGACCAACAUGCCAGCUAUGUCAGAGCCAUCUGUCCUUUUGUCAGAAACAAUGCGAUCCACUCUUUAUUCCUCUCUUCCUAUUCUGGCCCAAGGAAGGAGCUGGGUUUUGCUAUACAGCACAUGGAGGCAUGGAAUAUCUUUGUCUACUUUAUAUAGAAGGAGUUUGCUGUGCCCUGGUUACUCACUCCUGGUAGUUGGGGACAGAAAGGGGGUGGUUUUUGGUGGUCUAGUUGAGGCUCCAUUACAGCCAACUAGCACAAAGAAGUAUCAGGGUACCAAUAACUGCUUUGUUUUCACUAAUUUACACAGCGAUCCUGCUAUAUACCGGCCAACAGGUGCCAAUAAGUAUUAUACUGUGUGCUCUGCUGACUAUUUGGCACUAGGAGGUGGAGGUCAUUUCGCACUUUAUCUAGACUCAGACCUUUUGAGUGGUUCAAGUUCAAAUUCGGAGACUUUUAACAACCAGUGUCUGUCACAUUCUCCAGACUUUGCAGUUAAAGACGUUGAGCUAUGGGGCUUCGCCUAUCCUUCAAGGUACGAAGAGAUGCUCAAGCUCUGCCGUACUGAGAAGCCAGGGGUAUGCCGAUUUUGAGUUUACCGAACCAAUGUGUGUUACAUCUGUACAGUUUUUAGUAGGCGGCGCUAGAACUUUAGUGUGCAGGACCAUGGUAGAAGUAUUUCGGAAGUGAGAACUUGUCUUGUCGAGCGAGUUUCCUAAGAUUUAUAAAUUCUGUAAUUUUCUUGUUAUGCCGGCGGAACAGGCUUACUGAUGGCUGUUCGAAUUACAGCGGCAAAUGUACUGCAUCAUUCUCAUGUCUUCACAAAAGUGAGGCUGAUUCAUGGGAAUACUUGUGGAACAAAAAAAAAUGAUUAGAAAAUGUAGGGAAGACAAUGUUUUUGAAAUA